CCGCCAGUGCCCGGCCGUCCCCGGGGGCGCGAGGCAGCCGUCGGCCCCGCGGCCCCGAAGCAGCAGAAGAUGCGGCCCCUGGACGUGGUGGAGCUGGCGGAGCCCGAGGAGGUGGAGGUGCUGGAGCCCGAGGAGGACUUCGAGCAGUUCCUGCUGCCGGUCAUCCACGAGAUGCGGGAGGACAUCGCGGCGCUGACCCGCGAGCGCGGCCGGGCCUACCUGCGGACCCGGGGCAAGCUGUGGGAGAUGGACAAUAUGCUCAUCCAGAUCAAGACGCAGGUGGAGGCGUCGGAGGAGAGCGCGCUGAACCACCUCCAGGACCCCGACGACGGCGCGGCCGCGAGGGGCGACAAGGCCGAGGAGAAGGCCAGGGAGAUGGCGAAGAUGGCAGAGAUGCUGGUGGAGCUGGUGCGGCGGAUAGAGAGGAGCGAGUCGUCCCGAGGGCUGGGCGGUUCACAGCUGGUGGACAGACUCUGCUCAGCUGGUAACGAUGGAUUGACUCCUUGAAGAAAUGGAAGCAGCUUAUCAUUUUCACAGUUUUGUAUGUUUCUGACCCCCAAGUAACAGUCUCCCUAUGGUCAGAGGUUGAUGACCUUGGUACAGGUUUAGAUCAUCAAAUUUCUCAUAAGGGAAAUGGGGCUUAAACAGAUGUUUCAGUGGCCAUGUUCCUGUUAUUUUGCUUUGUUUCCAAAAUGUUGGGUGUGGCCUUGUGUUUUGCUAUUACCUGUAUGACCUGCCUGCUGCCUUUCUGGAACUUUGGAACACACGAAGACUUGGGGUCAGAAUCUUCCAGCUUUAGGAAGCCACUACAUAGUGCUUGGUAGCCAGCGGAGGAAGCAUACAGGAGACUGCUUUGGCCGAGACUGGGAAGAGCUAGAAAACGUUUGGAGAUGGAAAAUGGGUUUGUAUAUAUUUCAGUAUUUUAAUUCUUUUGUGAGACAAAAGAGAGAUAUUUUUGUGACGCAUAGUCUGAUGUAUAUUGUAUAACCCUUUCAAGUGAGUUUAUUUACAUAACUUAGCUGACCUUGUGCAACAGAGAUGUUUGACUAGGGAUGAUGGAGUAGCUUCACUGUUGCCAGACCCUCACGUUCCAGGAGCUUCAGAGUAUAGCAUCAAAGAGACAGUCUACAAAGGGCUUUGAGAGGCAGGAGCAAGGAAGAGGAUUCACCAGGGUUCGUGAAGUUCCUUGUUCAUCGGAUACUUUGGUUAUCUAGUGUUGGUACAACAGAAAUACCACAGUCAGAUGGCUUUAACAGAGAUAAAUUUAUUCUCUCAUAGUCUAGUAGGCUAGAAGUCCAAAUUCAGGGCACCAGCUCCAGGGGAAGGCUUUCUCUGUUGGCUCUGGAGGAAGGUCCUUGUCAUCAGUCUUUCCCCAGUCUAGGAGCUUCUCCGCGCAGCAACCCUGGGCCCAAAGGACGUGCUCUCCUCCCAGUACUGCUUUCUUGGUGGUACGAGGUUUCCCUGUUUCUCUGCUUGCUUCUCUCUUUUAUAUCAAAAGAGAUUGACCCAAGACACAACCCAAUCUGGUAGAUUGAGUCCUGCCUUGUUAACAUAACUGCCACUAAUCCCAUCUUGUCAACAUCAUAGAAAUAGGAUUCACAACACAUGGUAAAAUCACAUCAGAUGACAAAAUGAUGGACAAUGACACAGUAUUGGGAUUAUGGCCUAGCCAAACUGCUAAACAUGUUUUCGGGGAACACAGUUCAAUCCAUGACAUCAGGGUAGUAGACCUGAGAGAGAUCUGAGGUCAAAAUCAAACACGUAAUGAGUGUUCACGUCCUUGAAAAACAAAAACUUAUUUAAAAUAAAUUUUUUGCUGAGA